UCCCUCGUAUCCGCUCUUCCUUCUCGUUUCUUCCCUGCUCCCUCGCUUUAAUUUCCUUCCCCCCAAACAGCAGCAGAAAGAACCCAAGGUGCCAAAGAGGCAAAAGAAAUAAUGCCGGGUUUUGGUGGUGUAGAAGCUCCCAUUGGGAACACCCUCGACGGCCUAGAUCAUUCCAAAGACACUUCUCGAGAUUUGCGUGACUUCCCAUCUUUAAUGUCUUCCUGUUAUCCUAUCACUCUCAAGUUCAUUGACGUGUGUUUCAAGGUGAAGAUACAGCAGGAGACCAACAGUUCUCGAGGUCGACGCAUUAAACGAAUGUUUAGCCAUGGAGGAUCAUCAGCAGCGCCGUCUGAUCAAAUAUAUGUUUCAGGUGUGUGUAAACUUGAUGGUGUAAGCGAGAGAGAGAGGCCGAACGUAAAGCAAACUCUUAUUGCUUCUUACAACACGCUGUUGGCCCCAAAAGUAAAAGCUGCUUGCAUGGAGAUCACCACUGUUUCAGCAAAAGCAACACGGUUGAAAGGAAGCCAUUCAUCUAAAGAACACAGGCAAAGCAAUACAGUUGACCUCUCUACUUGGUUCCAUCAAUUCAGCAUUCUGUUUCAGAGAAGCCUGAAAGAAAGAAAGCAUGAAUCGUUCAACAGCCUCAGAGUCUUCCAAGUGAUCACUGCUGCAAUAUUAGCCGGUUUAAUGUGGUGGCACUCGGAUUAUAGAGACAUUCAAGACCGCCUAGGUCUCCUCUUCUUCAUUUCCAUCUUUUGGGGAGUGUUGCCAUCGUUUAAUGCAGUAUUUGCAUUCCCCCAAGAGCGUGCAAUCUUCAUGAAAGAGCGUGCUUCUGGUAUGUACACUCUAUCUUCCUAUUUCAUGGCGCGGAUAAUCGGAGACCUCCCCAUGGAGCUUAUUCUUCCCACAGUUUUCCUUAUUGUGACAUACUGGAUGGCUGGCUUGAAACCCGAUUUGGUGGCCUUUCUUUUGACACUGUUGGUUCUUCUCGGCUACGUGCUUGUCUCUCAGGGCCUUGGCCUUGCAUUAGGCGCAGCGAUCAUGGAUGCCAAACAGGCUUCAACCAUAGUUACUGUCACCAUGCUAGCAUUUGUUCUAACAGGAGGAUAUUAUGUGCAUAAGGUGCCAUCAUGCAUGGCGUGGAUCAAGUAUAUUUCCACAACGUAUUACAGCUACAAGCUGUUCAUUAAUGUCCAAUACGGCGAAGGCAAGAAAAUUUCGUCCAUGUUGGGCUGCUCACACCAUGGAAGAAGUAACACCGUUAGCUGCAAGUUUAUUGAUCAAGAUAUUGCAGGGCAAAUUAGCCCUGAACUGAGUGUGGCCAUCUUGCUUCUGAUGUUUGUAGGGUACAGGUUGUUGGCUUAUCUUGCCUUAAGGCGCAUCAAAGGUUGAAGCCAAGCUUUGUGUUAGUUUAAACAGGUUUCUUGUUAUUCUUAUUGGCCCUAUAAUUGUAAUUUUCCAAACAUGGCGUACAAAAGGAUGGCUAGAAAGAAAGAUUUGUUCAGGGUGUCUAGGGGGACCUUGGGAUCAAAGCUAACUGUAACUGAAGAAGAAUCAAUAGUAAAAGUUUGCAUGCAAAGGUUUGCAACCGCAUUGUUUUUACUGUGCUCCCUUCAUUAGCACGAGCUCAAUGAUUCUAUCAGUAAAGCACUUCAUAUAAGCCUAGCCUCACUAGCUAUGACUUAAUGGUUGUCUUGCCACUUGCAGGAGCUUUUAGAUGGGCUUUCUCCACCCAAUUUGGGCAUAAGAUGAGGAAUCGGAUAUUGGGUUUUAUAUUCUAGACUGAUUCUUGCUCCGGAUGGGCAUGUUAUAAGUUGUUUGGGCAAGUAGGUCGAAGCUUAGAGGGGCUCAGUUGGCCCUGAAAUUUUUUUUUCUGAGUCCAAAGUGACCUUAUUUGUAUAUAAAUCACUUAUAAAUACAGCCUUGGGAUAGCA